AACCUGUUCGUAUACGGGUGGGAAUUGUCGGAAUGCGGAAAUGACUGGCGGUUAAACUGAGGAGUGGAGAAGCUGAACUGAGCUGAGUAAUGGAGAUACAGACUGAGGCAGACGUCGCGGAGCGAAGGCGUGAACACUGGAAGCUUUUGUCCAAUCUGAAGACCACCGUGGAGGGGCUUCUGUCCACCAAUAACCCGAACGUGUGGUCGCGGUAUGGAGGACUGCAGCGACUCCACAAGGACAUGAACAACAUCCUGAGCCACGGCCUCAAACACGAACAGGUGUAUUAUAAACAGAAGGAUUAUUGGCAGUUUGUUUGGUGUCUGCGGUUUAUCAGCCCGAGCCUCGCGCGUCACGUGGAGCAGUUCAGUCAGUUGGAGCCGGUAUUGAGCAGUGGUGUUUAUGGUGUCGGUGGUGAGGGCUAUAAAGCCGAGCGUUGGCUCCUCCACAGCCUGCAGAAUCACCUGCUGUCCAGCCAGCUCAGACCCCUACUCACCCACAUCACCAACACCCGCAAAUACUACAGCGAUGAAGCGUUCCUGCUGAGCGAGCCGCAUGUGUCUGCCAUGCUGCAGUGUUUAGAGGCCGUAGAGCAGAACGACCCCCGACUGCUGGCGCUCAUCGACACCGUCCGGAUCAGAGAGCUGUCCCGGCUGAAGGAACCGGUUCCUCUCGGUCUGGUGAAGAGUCACAGCUUGUACCUGCUGCCUCCAGAGCGCCCCCUGGCAGCUGUCCGCAGACACACAUCCCACUCCUCCCUCACAGAGAGCAAUAAGACCUACUCACAAACUCAGACGGACUCUGAGGUCGUGGCACGCAGCAGUUCGAUGAGGGUGGAAGGUAAGGUGGGCGCUCCGUGUGGGUGUGACCGUGAUGAUGUCGGCACAGGGGUCCCGCAGGUGUGUGUGAGUGAGCCCCCCAACCCUCCCCAACCAGAGCAGGCGGAGAGUGUGGAUGGAGACGGUGACGAUGGGCCAGAGUACCUCGCCAUCGGCAACUUGGGGAGGCGGAGACACUCCAGCAGCUCCGCCCACAGCAGCGAGACUCCUCCGGUGCCCACUCGCUCUGCCCCCGCCCCUCCGCAGCCCCCCCGCCGCAGCUCCUUCUCCGACACACAGCGGGGAACGGGGCGGAGCUUCAGGGUUCAUACGAGGUCACUGUCUGACACUGGGGUGGCACAGAAACAUAAACAAGAAUCUGCGGUGGAUGAGCCGAGUGUGAAGAGUUUCGGCCCGUUCUCUCCUCAGAGCAGCAGCAGCAGCAGCAGCAGCAGCCACAGCUCGCUCUACAUGGAGGCCAAUGGUUUUCAGUACAGCACUGUUUCUGAUGGAAUGUUCCGGAAGCCGUCGGAGGGCCAGAGUCUGAUCAGUUAUCUCUCGGAGCAGGACUUCGGCAGCUGUGCUGAUCUGGAGAAGGAGAACGCUCACUUCAGCAUUUCAGAGUCUCUAAUCGCUGCGAUCGAGCUGAUGAAGUGUAACAUGUGCCGGAGAGCGGAGGAGGCGGAGGAGGAGGGAGACAGCGACUCUGAGAUCCAGCAGCUGAAGCAGAAGAUCCGCCUGCGCAGACAGCAGAUCCGCCGCAGCCGACUGCAGCCCAGUAGCUCUCAGCACGCGUUCACCUCCACAGACAGCGGCUCACCGAAGAGUUCCCAUGGUUCCUUUCCCCACUCUGACUCCGGAUCAGCGGAGGAGGUGGAGGACUUCGAGCUGAGAGAUGGCUGUGACGGUCCGGCGCUGCUGGCGUCUCAGAGCGGACUCUCACUGUCCCUCGCUUCACUCUUCUCAGAUGCAGAUAUUAAACCCAGCGUGACUCCCAGCAGGUCCUUCAUCAGCUCCGAGUCUGUUUCUCCAUCUCUCCUGCAGUCGAACUCCGCCGAGUCGGUGGCGAUGGGGCUGCUGAGGCAGUUUGAGGGGAUGCAGCUCCCGGCAGCUUCAGAGCUGGACUGGCUGGUUCCAGAACACGACGCUCCGCAGAAGCUCCUGCCGAUUCCUGACUCCCUCCCAAUCUCUCCUGAUGAUGGAGAGCAUGCGGAUAUCUAUAAGCUGCGGAUCCGGGUGCGGGGGAAUCUGGAAUGGGCUCCGCCGCGACCGCAGAUCAUCUUUAACAUCCACCCGGCGCCAAAGAGGAAGGUGGUGGUGGCUAAACAGAACUACAGGUGUGCAGGCUGCGGUACACGUAUCGAUCCAGAUUAUAUAAAGCGGUUGCGGUACUGCGAGUAUCUGGGCCGGUAUUUCUGUCAGUGUUGUCAUGAGAACGCGGUUGCCGUGGUGCCGGGCCGCGUGCUCAGGAAAUGGGAUUUCAGUAAAUAUUACGUCAGUAACUUCGCCCGAGACCUGCUGGGGAAGAUCUCAGGAGACCCGCUCUUCAACCCCAAUGACAUCAACACAGCGCUCUACAAGAAGGUCAAAGCACUGGAGACAGUGCGGGUUCUAAGAGUCCAGCUGUUCCACAUGAAGAACCUCUUUAAGACCUGCCGUUUAGCUAAAGAUGUGCUGGAUGAGUUUGAUUCGGUUCCGGGUCACCUGACAGAGGAUCUGCACCUGUUCUCUUUGAAUGACCUCACCGCCGUCCGCUCCGGAGAACUUGCCCCGAAACUCCGCGAGCUGCUCCGCUCAGGCUCCGCCCACGUCUCAGGCUGCAUGCUCUGCCAGGCGAAGGGCUUUGUGUGUGAAUUCUGUGGUAACGACAAAGACAUUAUCUUCCCCUACGAGCUGAACAAGUGCCAGCGGUGUGAAGAGUGUAACGCCUGCUACCACAAGACGUGCUUUAAAAGCGGUCGCGACUGCCCGCGGUGCCAACGGCUCGCCGAGAGGAGAGAGAGGAUGGCCCGCAAAAACAUGGAGGAGGACGAGGAGGAAGAGGACGAAGGGGGGACGUAGCAACAGAACAAAAGCACAGAGAUGCACAAUUAUGGGAUAUAUUUUACACAAAGCAGGAUUACUCAGUUAGCCGGGGAACUUAAGCCCGAAGUCAAGCUAUACAGCAGGGGGCGCCGUUGCACAAUGCAAUGUUGCAGAAUUACUCAGUUAUCCAGAUAACUUAAGCCUACUGCUUUGUGAAACGCCGCCUCCUGUUGUUUGCUUAAAUGCACUGCACACUGCUUUUGUGUCGCUCAUGAGUUUUUCAGCUUUGAACGGGGAAGCGUUUUACUGCAGCGGUUCAGUUUGUAUAUUUGCCUCAUUUU